AUGUAUAGUGGAAAUUUUCUUGUUUUGGGUUUAGUGUUUCUAACUGCUUGUCAUCUUCACAAUAAACCUGUUAAUGUUAAUGGUCAAGAAAUACAGCUGCCUCCAGGACAUGAAUGCCAGAUGACUCCAGUGAUUCACGUUCUUCAGCAUCCGGGAUGUGUGCCGAAGCCGAUCCCAUCUUAUGCUUGUAUCGGAAAGUGCACUAGUUACGUACAGGUUUCGGGUAGUAAAAUUUGGCAAAUGGAACGGUCAUGCAACUGUUGUCAAGAAUCUGGAGAACGUGAAGCAACGGUGGUUCUUUUCUGCCCUAAAUCUAAAAGCGAAGAAAAGAGAUUUCGAAAGGUGUCCACUAAAGCACCGUUAGAAUGCAUGUGUCGGCCUUGUGGCAUCAUAGAAGAAAAUUCAAUAAUCCCGCAAGAAAUUGCUGGCUACGCAGAUGACGAAUUUCUACAAAGCCAAUUCAGGAAAAGCUUUUAA